AUGGAUCUACCCUUGGAAAUCCUCUUCAUGAUCGUCGAGGCAGCAGCUACACCCCUGGACGACAUCACACCGCUCGACCAGAAGUCCCUGUCGGCACCAAAGUCCCUGUCCAUGGCAAACAAGGCCUUCCGUCAGAUCUGCCUGGCGGCCACACUGCACCACAUCCGAAUGUGGAAGAAGGAGGCCAACUUAGCCGAUCAUCUCCGUCGCAUCUACCUUGAGGGGUCAGACAUCCUCCCCUUUGCGACUUCUCUCUCCAUCAGAAGCAUCGGCCCAGUGCAAGAGAUCCCAGCCGGUGCGCGGCGGCAUGCCGCCCAGCAAAUGCCUGAUUUCAUCGAGAACCUCUCGCUCGUCAUGUCAGUGAUGCCGUGUCUCAGCGAGAUUCGCUUCGUGGCGGACAACGGCAAGUACACCAUGGAACCCGUCUGGCGGAAGCUUUUCAACCCGCGCUUCCGCAGGUUUCCCACCGUCAAGUCGCUUUACCUGCGCACGGCGAGCAGCAUGGCCAGCAUCUUCAAAUGCUUCCCGAAUCUUGAGGCCCUCAACUUCAACCUGCAUGGGAACAUGUCCCAAGCGCCUGGGAAGACGCUUUCGCCGGAGUUGAAGGUGCUGAAGCAGGGAGAUCUGUCGAUCCGGAGCCUGGCCAUCCUCAAGACGGCUCAAGCGGGGUGGAACGAGGAAGACAUCAAAUUUAUCCUCGGUUUAUUUCCCCGCGUCCAGCGCCUGUUCCUGCAAGGCUGCAUCUGCUCAUCCCUCCACGGCGACAGACUCGGCCCGCAUACACCCAGCGACUUCCAGAACCUGGCCAACCUCUUCAAGCGGCAUCGCAACCUCCGCCACCUCGCCCUGACAGACGAGAUCUACUGGGUGGCCCACAAGAGCUACAGCAUGCACUACAAGGUUGCGCUCUCCGACCCGUCCAAGCGCUGGAAGACCAUGGCCACGGCCAUGUUCAACACCCUGCCCAACCUGGACGAGCUCUGCCUCGCCCGCCAGGUCGACUUCAAGGGUCGCGUGUUCCGUCGCGGAGCUCCCCGUCCGAACCCAGCUCCGCCGACGAUUCCCGCUACAUGUACACAAACCGGACGUGCCAUCGCCAUCGCCGUCGCCACCUCUGUUGCGGAGAGUAAUGCCAACCCCGGCCCCCAAGACCACGACAGGGAAAAACCCAUCGUCCUCCGCACCUACGUCGACAAGCGCAACCCAGACUACGCCCUCGCCUUCCCCUAUGACCCCAGCCCGCGCCUCAUUUUCCCACCGGCCCGCUGGACGGGUACUCGUUGCGUGUGGUGGCCCAUCAACGGGCAGGUUCCUGUUGAGCCUGACCAGUUUGGCGAGCCUGACGAGCCGGCGGGUUUUGUCUCGUUCACUUCCGCGGCGCCUGAGCUUGCUGUUGGGAGGGGUGGGGCUGCUGCUGGAGGUGGUGGGCAAAGGGACCAGCCGGCGUGGAUCAACUAUCAGCAAAUGAUCAAAGAUCACUGCGAAACGGGCGUUUGGGACGUUGAGUGGCUGCGGGUUGUGAGGCCCAGAGCACGUGCAGAGAGCCACCUCAGGGAGGACUGA